GCCGCGGGCUGCCGCAGCGCCCGCCGCCGCCGCGCCGCGAUGGAGACGGCGGAGAAGGAGUGCGGAGCGCUCGGCGGCCUCUUCCAAGCCAUCAUCAACGACAUGAAGAGCUCCUACCCGAUCUGGGAAGAUUUCAACUCCAAGGCGACCAAGCUGCAUUCCCAGCUCAGGACCACGGUGCUGGCCGCAGUCGCCUUCCUGGAUGCCUUCCAGAAAGUGGCCGACAUGGCCACCAACACCCGAGGCGCCACGAGGGACAUCGGCUCGGCGCUGACCCGCAUGUGCAUGAGGCACCGCAGCAUCGAGGCCAAGCUCCGGCAGUUCACCAACGCCCUCAUGGAGAGCCUCAUAAACCCUUUGCAGGACAGGAUCGAGGACUGGAAGAAAACCGCCAACCAGCUGGACAAGGACCACGCUAAAGAGUACAAGCGCGCCCGGCACGAGAUCAAGAAGAAAUCCUCGGACACCCUCAAGCUGCAGAAGAAGGCCCGCAAAGGCAAGGGCGACCUGCAGCCCCAGCUGGACAACGCGCUGCAGGACGUCAACGACAUGUACCUGCUGCUGGAGGAGACGGAGAAGCAGGCGGUGCGCAAGGCCCUCAUCGAGGAGCGCGGCCGCUUCUGCACCUUCAUCACCUUCCUGCAGCCCGUGGUGAACGGGGAGAUCACCAUGCUGGGAGAGAUCACCCACCUGCAAGGCAUCAUCGACGACCUGGUGGUGCUCACGGCCGAGCCCCACAAGCUGCCCCCCGCCAGCGAGCAGGUGAUCAAGGACCUGAAGGGCUCCGACUACAGCUGGUCCUACCAGACGCCGCCGUCCUCCCCCAGCAGCUCCAGCUCCCGCAAGUCCAGCAUGUGCAGCAGCGUGAGCGGUGCCAAGGGUGGCAUCCCGUGGCCCGGCGGGUCCCAAACUUGCUCACCAAGUUCCACCUAUCGCUACCGCAGCCUGGCGCAGCCGGUCAACGCGAGCACGCGUCUCUCCAGCGUCUCCUCUCACGAUUCGGGCUUCAUCUCCCAGGACGCCGCCUAUUCCAAGCCGCCUUCUCCGAUGCCUUCGGACAUCACCAGCCAGAAGUCCUCCAGCUCGGCGUCCUCGGAGGCCUCGGAAACCUGCCAGUCCGUGAGCGAAUGCAGCUCCCCCACCUCGGACUGGUCCAAAGCGAGUCCCUACGACCAGCCCGUGGUGAACACCCUGCAGAGGCGAAAGGACCGCGUGGAGCACCUGCGGGAAGCGGAGAUGGCCUCGGCCGCCAUGGGGUACCCGGGCAUCAGCGUCGAAGAAGCUCCCAGGCCCCGGAUGUCACCAGCUACGAUUGCUGCCAAGCACGGCGAGGAGGUGUCCCCCGCUGCCAGCGACCUGGCCAUGGUCUUGACCAGGGGGCUGAGUCUGGAGCACCAGAAGAGCAGCCGGGACUCGCUGCAGUAUUCCAGCGGCUACAGCACGCAGACGACCACGCCGUCCUGCUCCGAGGACACCAUCCCUUCCCAAGGCUCCGACUACGACUGCUAUUCGGUGAACGGCGACGUGGAGUGCGACCCCCAGAGCGAGUUCGACAAGUCCUCCACCAUCCCACGCAACAGUAACAUCGCCCAGAACUACCGGCGCAUGAUCCAGACCAAGCGGCCCGCCUCCACCGCCGGGCUGCCUACGGGCACCAACCUGCCAGCCGGCACCACGCCGGGGGUCGCCACCAUCCGCCGCACGCCUUCCACCAAGCCCUCGGUCCGCCGCACCCUCUCCAACGCAGGCCCCAUCCCCAUCCGGCCCCCCAUCGUCCCCGUGAAGACCCCCACGGUGCCCGACUCCCCCAGCUACACCGGCCCCACGCGAGUGGGCAGCGAAGAGUGCGUGUUUUACACUGACGAUGCCUCGCCAAACACCAUGGAUUUUGCCAAAGCUUCGCCCAAGCGGCUGAGCCUUCCCAACACCGCCUGGGGCAGCAACGUCAUGGAGAUCUCCGUGUACCCCGGUGCCGGCCAGCACCUCUCCGCCGAGGAAGAGGAGGACCAGCAGUUGGCAGCCAACCGGCACAGCUUGGUGGAGAAGAUUGGCGAGCUGGUGGCCAGCGCCCAUGCCCUGGGUGAAGGCCAAUUUCCCUUCCCUACGGCGCUUUCGGGCCCCGGUCCCGGCGAGGAGACGCCUACUCCACCCCCGGCGGCCUCCAUGGACCCCCCGGCCGAAGACAUGCUGGUGGCCAUCCGGCGCGGGGUGCGCCUGCGGAGGACCAUCACCAACGACAGAUCGGCCCCACGGAUAUUGUGAUGAAGCCCCCGGUCCCUCCCGGCCCCGUCCCGCGCCGUGCUGUGCCGUGCCGUCCCGCCGCCCCGCUCCCCGCGUCCCUGGGAGGAGAUCGAAGCAGCGCCCGCAGCGCCCUGAGGAGGAGAGAUGCCGUCGGGAACCGCGGCGCCGAAGCCGCGUUCGGAGGUGGAGGCAGAGCCCGGAUUCACACGGAAACUGAAAGCCUGCGCUGGCAAACUCGCAAGGACGCAGCCUAGGCGCCGAACGGGGUCCGGAGCCCGUUUUAUACGUUGUUCCCCAGCCUCUCCCGCUCGCCCGCAGCCUCCCCGGCGCUUCUCGCGGCCUCCGGCCGGCCGCUGCUCCCGGCGGCCGCUCUCCCGCGAGCUCCCCGCUCCCCGGCGAGGCGCCGGCGGCACCGCGCAGCCUCGCACGCUCCCGCGCGCUCCUGGCAGGCGGGGGCUGGCUGUCGUCUUCUGUCUUUCCUUCCUUUGCUCUUUCUUCCUCUCCUGCUUUCGCUUUCUCUUUUCCUUCCUUCCUUCUUCCUUCCCUCCUUUCCCUUUCCUUUUUUCUUGCUUGCUUGUUUGCUUUCCCUGUCUUUUCCCUUUUCUCUUGUUUUUGCUCUUACUUAUUCUUGCUCACUUUCUCUUUCGCUGGCUUUCUCUUUCGCUUGCUUAUUGCUUGCUUUCUCCUUCGCUCGCUUUCUCCUUCGCUCGCUUUUGCUUUCUCUUGCCUUCUUUCUCUUCCUUGCUUUUGCUUUCUCUUGCCUUCUUUCUCUUGCUUUUACUUUCUGCUGCUUGUGCUUUUUGUUUGCUUUCACUUUUUUUCUUUCUUUUUCUGCGUCGUUUUCACUUUUUCCUUUCCCUCUUGCGCUUUCGCUUUUGCCGUUUCUCUCUUUUUUGGCUCCCACUCAUUCUCUCUCUCUAACUUUCUUUCUCUUUUGCUUCUGUUUUUCCUCUCUCUCUCCCCUUUCCUUCCUUACUCUCUUCUUUUAACUCUCUCUCUCUUUUUUUUUUUUUUCCCUCCCUCUCUUUCCUUUCCUUUUCUUUCCUCCAGCGGCCGCGGCCGGGAGGAGGCGCCGGGCCGGGGAGGGAGAGAG